UUUUUGGGAAGCAAAAAGUCUGACUGACUGUAAUAGUAAAACUAAAUGUUGUGAUAUACUAAUAUAUAUGUUACGUAGAUCCUUCUACCGUUUUGAUUUGCCUAAAUGAAAAGCUCCAUGUUCCCAUACCAGAUAGGUACACACACCUGUCUUGAAAUUUUCCUGCAAACAAGUCCUUGUGAGUUCUAACAUAAUAUAAAUGCUACAUAUUCGGCCUCUAAAGGUGAAACAACUCUUUGUUUACUAAAAAAUCCCAAAUCACGAAUAAAAAAUGUGCACAAAUGCAUUCCUGAUUGGUAGGUUGUGAUUUCCAUCUUUUUCAAGGAAAUGCAUACCGGAAAACCAUGUAAUUGACAAGAAAUGUCUGGGAGUAUAUGUAGACAUGAAUAGUCACAACUAGGCUAUAUUUCAUCUUUAGCAUUUAGAUUGUGAUGCAUGCUAUGUUCCAACUAAAGAUAAAACGAAGGGCCUUAUGUGUUGAUCUGAUAUGUUCUAAAGAUAUCAAUACUUUGACAAUUUGGUGGAAGACAAAACCAUGUUACUUCAGAUGCUAUUGUCUUUUGUGGGUGCCCAUGAAAUAACUCUUCACUAUCAACGGGAUUCUCUGAGUUUCCAUUUGGCCUAUAUAAACACAUCCAAAGAGGUGUCUACCACCACAGCUCUCAACAAAACUUGAACGUAUUCAAAGCUUUUUCUGAUUUUGAGGUCUUACUUGCUAAUUGUUUUUUCCCUUCUUUUGCUCAUCUAUACUAAAACUAAAAGAUCAUGUCUAUUCACAUGCCUCGUUUAAUCAAGAAAUCAUAAGAAGAGAUAUGUGAUCCCGAUGUCAUUCUUGAGCCAACUUUUAUUCCAAGAGUUGCUCAGUCAAGCUGAGGAGAAUUUGGCUUUGAUCAUCCAAUGGGUGGUCUCUCAAUUCCCUGCAGAGAGGACGCGUUCAUCAACCUUACUUCUCGUUUAAGGAACUGAAAAAGAAAACUUUCUUAACAGUCUGUAGAGUAGUAAAGCAGGAUACACAAUCUGUAUAGAGAAUACAAUUUUGAUGUUAGACUAGGUAGACUUAGUGAAACUUUAGCUCCACAAAGACUGAUUGUUAGUACAUGUCAAAAGGACAAAUGACAUAUUUUUUUCUACUACAAGUUCUUUGAAAUUUUGAAUGAAUGAUGGUUCUAUUCAGUUAAUAUUUAAUUUUUUUGUCCUUGUGAUUCUCUAAUCCUCUCAUUGAAUAUUGGUGUGAAGUUUCGCGUUGCUAAUCAUAAUGAGCCAGAAUCAACUUUAAAAUGGCCCAAACUGGUCACAUUUUCAGGUUAGUUAAAGAUGUGCAGAAUUUAAAUUUUAUAUGGAACUAUGCUGCUGUUAGCAUGCUAUGGACUAUGGUUACUCUAGCUCAAAUAUACAAGAGCUGAAGCUUUUGGGAAGCCAAAAGUCCAACUGAGUGUAAUAGAGAAAACAAAUGAUGUGAUAAAGUGUAUGGUACAGAGAUCCUUCAUCCGAGUUGAUGUACCUAGAUCAACAGGCGUGCCAUAGAAAGGUAUUGUUACUUAAUGAGGAUUCUUCAAAAUUCUUUUGAAAUUAACAAAGAACUGCAUGCUGCCAUGCUGGUUAAUUACACUCACUUGUAUUGGAAUGCUCCUGCAAACAAGUCUUUGUAACUUAAUUUAAAAGCUACAUGUUCAGCCUUGAAUUAAAAAUCUGCACGAAUGCAUUUCUGAUGGUCUUCAUCUAGAGUACUUCCUUAAUGUGAAAGCUUUUGUGUCCUAUGACCUAACAGAAGACUCACAUCUAGCUCGAACAUUGGUCUUCGUUGUUCUUAUUGACCGAAAUUUCAGAAUUUUCUGUCAGAAUGUAAGAUAAUGAUACUAUUUUCAUAUGCAGGACACAUGAUUCCUAUGGUUCAUGUUAUUAUGUUUAGAGUUUAUCAAAUACUCAUAUCUACAUAGCUACUUACAGAAUCAGUUUUCACUUAAGGAGUCCCUGUUGGCUGCAACACAAAUUAACAGUAUCCACAGGCCAAGCUGUCAUCAUUGACUUGUCUGGUAUUUCUGAAACCUCCACUAAUUUUUUUUUAUCCAAGUUGUAAGAUUAGACACAUAUUUUGGAUUAAAUUCAGGAUCAGGUUAAGAAGCAUCUGGACAUCCCAUUUCCAUUGUUCUGUUGGUAUGUAGUGAUGGAUAAUCCAUAUAUUUUUUUCGAAUAAAUAAUUCCUGGAACGCAACCUUAAAGGUAGGCCUGUUGUCUUGAGUUGAUGUGACCUAAGUCACAAAUACUUUGGCAAUGAGUUGAAAGUCAAAACCAUGUUACUUCAGGUGCUGUUGUCUUCCAUGGUACCCACAGAAUAGUGAUUAACAGGACUCUCUUAGUUGCCAUUGAUCUAUAUAGACACUUUCAAGAAGGUGUGUACCACCACAACACUCAGCAAACUUGAAAGUAUCCAAAGCUUUCUCUGCUUUUGAGGUCUUCAGUAUUUUAUUCUUUCUUUCUCACCUAUACUAAAGCUAAAUAUAAUGGCUAUUCGUAUGCCUCGUAUAAUCAAGAAAUCUGGAGAUGUUCCCAAGGGAUAUCUUGCUGUGUGUGUUGGGGAGGAGCAGAAGAAGAGAUUUGUUAUCCCCAUAUCAUUCUUGAGCCAACCUUUAUUUCAAGACUUGCUCAGUCAAGCUGAGGACGAAUUUGGUUUUGAUCAUCCAAUGGGCGGUCUCUCCAUACCCUGCAGAGAGGACAUCUUCAUUGACCUUACUUCUCAUUUGAGAAACUGAUGAAAAGACUUUCUUUCACAUUUUUGUAGAGCAGCAAAGCAGGAUUUGCAGUCUGUACACUUCGGAUUUAGAGAAAACAGUAGUUGAUUUUAGAAUGACAGUUGUUACUAAAGUCUGACUAGGUAGAUUAGUGAACUUAUCUCUGUAAAGGCUGACUGUUAUUCAUGUCAUGUCAAAGGGAUGAAUAACACUUCAUUUUUUUCUACUUCAAAGAUAUCGAAGUAUUGAAUCUUUAUCA